AUGGAGCGGUUCGGGGGGCGGCACGGGGAGCGCUCGGCGGCCCGGCUGGACACCCUCCUGCGGCACCUGUCCCCGCGGCUGGGAGCGGCCCCGGCCCCUAUAAGCGUUCCUACUUCAGCCCAAGUCAGUGUUGUUCCUCAUUCAGGGAGCUUUUGCUACACCCUGGACAACAAUCUGCUGACCACAGAGCAGAGGCAGUUCUAUGAGGACAAUGGGUACCUGCUCAUCAAGAAUCUCGUUUCUGACGAGGACAUUCAGCGCUUCAGGAAGGAGUUCAUGAGGAUCUGUAAAGGGGAGGUGAAGCCACCAGGAGUUAUGAUUAUGAAGGACGAGUCCCUGAGAUCCCAGUUCGGUCUGUCUGAAAAAGUGGUUAAUAAAGUGCAGGACUUCCAGGAAGAUGAAGAGCUGUUCAGAUACUGCACUCUGCCAGAGGUCCUCAAAUAUGUUGAGUGCUUCACAGGGCCAAACAUCAUGGCAAUGCACACCAUGCUGAUAAAUAAACUUCCAGAUUCUGACAAACAGACUUUCCUGCACCCCAUGCAUCAGGACCUGCACUAUUUCCCGUUCCGGCCUGCGUCCCGCAUCGUGUGCGCCUGGACCGCCAUGGAGAGCGCUCACCAGGACAAUGGCUGCCUGGUCGUGCAGCCAGGGACACACAAGACAACCCUGAAGCCUCAUGGUUAUCCAGAGCUGGAGGGUAAAACCAACAAACUUUUCCAUGGGCUGCUUGAUGAGGAUGAGAAGAUUCCCAAGGUUCACCUUGUCAUGGAGAAGGGAGAUACAGUGUUUUUCCAUCCCCUGCUCAUUCAUGGCUCUGGGAUAAACAGGACUUCAGGUUUCCGAAAGAGCAUCAGCUGCCACUUUGCCAGCUCGGAGUGUCACUACAUUGAUGUCAAGAACACGACUCAGGAGCACCUGGAGAAGGAGCUGCAGGAAAUGGUUUGCAAGAAAUACAACGCGACUUCUGUGGAGCUCAAGGAUAUUUGGAAUUUCCGAGCACGGCUUGUGCAAGGGGAAAGAAUCAACCUGUAGAAGACCUCUGAAGAACAGGAUGGAAAAUAGGAGCUUCUCUGAGGGAAGAUCACAGACCCUGCCUGGGCAGGCAGAAUUCCCUUUGUUGACCUCUGUAAUGGUAACUUAGCCAAAUGCUGCAUUGCAAAAUCUUUUCAUGCUAAUUCAGAAUAAUUGCACUGAGCUUGGACAACUGAUGUAUGUCAGAGGAAACCUAGCCUAGAAAAACAGAUUUGCUGUGGUGUCUUAGACAAUUGAAGAACCAAAGUUGUGAAAGUGCACCUUGAUUUUCUUGGCGUUUACAUUCUUGCUUCUUAAAAGUUUUUAACACAACACAUUUUUAGAAUGAUGCUAUAUCAACGUAGGAUUUUAUGUAAGAAUUUCCAGCAUUUCCAACUUCCUUUCCUAUGAAAAAAAAAAAAAUCAGAGUUCCAGAGAAGCCCUCAGUGACAUGGGGAGUUACUAGUGUAGCUGAUGAAGAUGUGGGUGUUGGUACCAGCAGAAUCAAUGGUGUAAGGAAGUGGCUAAAGAGAAAGCAGCAACCCCUCACAGAGAAAAUUGGGCUUUAUGGACAGGAAUAUGAUUUCUGAUAGAGUUCCUCAAGCAUGACUUGGUGUGGCAUCAUACCUGACAAGCAGCUCUGGCACAGAUGAAAUGAGUCUGACAGUGCUCGAGCUACUGGGCCAACAAAGCAGCCUCCCACUGGCCUUGCACAAUUGACCCAAGGCUGUGUGAAGUGAGGGACUCCUUUGAGCCUGGCAGGUCUGGGAAAAGGUGCCUUUUGCUGCUGCAAGGUUGAGGAAGUCUUUGGAUGCUCCCCAGGAUGCAGUGGUGGCAGGGUGGAAUGAUACACACUGAAAUG